AUGCCCACAAUCCAAGCCCUCGGCGCCGCAACCGCAAAAGGAACCCGCCCCUACCAACAAGACGCCUACACCAUCCUCCCACCAAAACAAUUCCUCCCCAAGGCCGAUAACAAUCUCGCCUUUUUUGCGGUUUAUGAUGGGCACGGCUCAGACAUCGUCUCAAAACACGCCUCCCAGCACCUCCCCUCCCUCCUCACAUCCUCCCUAACAUCCUCGGCCCUUAACCCCGAAAGUUACGAAAACGCAAUAAAACACGCCAUCCAAGAAGAAGAGGAGUUAAUAGUGCAAGCGUUCAAAAACGGCGAAGAAGACUACGCCUUCGCUGGCUCAACGCUAGCACUCGUAUUACUCGAUUUAAAAAGUGGGGCCCUUGUUACUGGGAAUUUGGGGGAUUCAAAGGUUUUUCUGGGUACGCUGGAUAAUGAGGAUCAGGUUGAGGAUGUGAAAUGUCUAACAAAAUCCCAUAAACCUGCCUCGCCCGAUGAAAAACAUCGUAUAGAAAAUGCAGGCGGGGCAGUUCUUCAGGAUCAGCAUGGAAUACCGCGGAUUGGAGCCCUGAACAUGUCCCGCGCCCUCGGCGACCUUGAAUACAAAACACCCUUUACGAAUCUCUCCGCCACGAAUCCCGACACGCACGAGGAGAAUCCGCUUACGAGAGAACAAGCUCGUGCGGGAGUGGAACCGUCUGAGCAGCAAGGCAACUUCCUCUCCUCUGAGCCGGAUAUUACCCGCAUCAACCUCGAACAAGGAAAAAAGUACGUCUUGGCACUGGUGUCGGAUGGCGUCAGUGAUAGCCCGAAAGUAGAUGAUGAGGGGUUUAUCCAGAUGUUGGCAAAGGGAUUCACCAGCGGAAUGAGAGGAGAGGCGGUUGUUAGGAAGGUGAUAGACGAAGUGGUGGAAGGUGUUCAAAGUGAUAAUGCGACUUGCGUGGGUGUUUUACUUCAAUAG